AUGUUGAAAUAUGGUAGCCCACUUCUGAGUCAAGCUCUACAAUUAUUAUACAACCAUGUACUUACUACUGAACAUUACCCACAGCUUUGGAACAUCAAUAAAAUAACACCUAUCCAUAAGAAAGGCAAUGCAUUGGAUCCAUCAAAUUACCGUGGCAUUUCAACUAGCAGCAAUAUAGGCAAAAUAUUCGCAAUUAUCCUAAAUACAAGACUUAUCAACUUUCUAGAGAAACAGAACAUCAUACACAAAAACCAAGCAGGAUUCAGGAAAGGACACAGAACUAUAGACAACAUAUUAACAAUACACACACUGAUUAAAAUGUAUCAAUCAAGGAACAAAAAUCUGUAUGCGUGUUUCAUAGAUCUCAAGAAAUGUUUUGAUACAGUAUGGCAAGAUGGACUCCUGUACAAACUACAAAAGCACAACAUAAGUGGCCCAAUGUACAACAUCAUUAAUGACAUGUACAGCAGCAUGCAAUUCCAAAUCAAACUGGAUGGAAAAAUCUCGCCACUAUUCCAAUUAGAAAAUGGAGUGAAACAAGGCUGCCCCCUGAGCCCAACACUUUUCAAUGUAUUGAUAAAUGACCUAUCAGAAGACCUCAACCUCAACACAGACCAUAUGCCAAAACUCAACAAUAAAGCUAUAUCAAAUCUGAUGUAUGCUGAUGAUAUAGCCCUGAAGUCAAAGUCUGGACUCCAAGCAAACAUCAACUCACUACAACAAUACACAGAGAAAUGGGGCUUGACAGUUAACACGGAAAAGACAAAAACAAUGACGUUCACAAAAAACGGACAUAAAUCAGAGAAUACUUUUUUCCCAUACAACAAAACAACACUACAAAAGACAAAUCAGUUCACAUAUCUGGGCAUCAACAUCAACUCCAAUGGCACCCUGACAAAAACAACACAAAUACUGGCAGAUAAAGCAAAAAAAGCAGAACGUAAUCUAUCAACGAUCUACCCAAAAAACAAGAAGAACAUCAGAUUGAAGACCAAACUAUUUGAUACUAUACAACAACCUAUACUAUUAUAUGGCUCAGAAAUAUGGGGAAUACAUAUAAACAUACAACAAUGGGACCACACAGACACUGAAAAAUGUCACGUAAGACUCUGUCGUCAGAUAUUAUCCCUAAACAACAAAAGCAGCACAUCGGAUGUCGAAUGGAAUUAG